GCUACGGCCACGCACGGGGCAGCGGGGUUAUAAAGAAUUGUAGUCUGCACACCUUUCUGCCUUAUUCCCACCCGGACUGUUUUGGGCCGCAUAGGUGCGAUUUAGCGGUGUUCAAUCUUUUUUUUUUAUAUUUUAUUCUUAUUUAUAUCACCCACUAAUGGCUACACUCCGGGCACUGCGGAAACUAUGCCGGCAUUCUCACCAUCAGGCAUGUAGUUUUCAUUUGUCAUCUUCACGACAAGAGGCGGUGAUCAUCUCCGGCAGGAAGCUGGCGCGGCAGAUCCGCAGCGAGGCGCGCGGUGACGUGGAGGAGUGGGUCGCUGCUGGAAACCGACGGCCUCACCUCAGUGUAGUGCUAGUGGGUGACAAUCCGGCCAGUCACUCGUACGUUCUCAAUAAGACCCGAGCUGCAGCAGAAGUGGGCAUUAGUAGCGAGACGAUCCUGAAACCUUCUAACAUCGGUGAAGAGGAGCUACUUGACCUUAUUGAGAAACUCAACUCGGACCACAGAGUAGACGGUCUGCUGGUACAGUUACCACUUCCUGAUCACAUUGAUGAGCGGCGUAUAUGCAACGCCGUGUGUCCUGGGAAAGAUGUCGACGGUUUCCAUGUGGUCAAUGUUGGUCGCAUGUGUCUGGAUCAGUCAACUAUGCUGCCUGCCACUCCUUGGGGGGUCUGGGAGAUUAUUAAACGCACAGGCAUACAGACGCUGGGUAAGAAUGUGGUAGUUGCCGGUCGCUCCAAAAACGUCGGGAUGCCCAUUGCAAUGCUGCUACACACAGACGGCAGACACGAACGGCCAGGAGGCGAUGCCACAGUAACCAUUUCCCACCGCUACACUCCCAAAGAACAGCUCCGUCAGCACACGCAGAUCGCAGACAUUAUCGUUGCUGCUGCAGGUAUUCCCAACCUCAUCACUGCUGAUAUGAUAAAGGAGGGGGCAGCGGUUAUAGAUGUUGGUAUCAACAGAAUAUUGGACCCCUUGACUGGGAAAAACAGGCUUGUUGGUGACGUGGACUUCGAAGGUGUUAAAAAGAAGGCCAGCUACAUUACUCCAGUUCCAGGCGGUGUUGGACCCAUGACCGUAGCCAUGCUAAUGAAAAAUACAAUCAAGGCAGCAAAAAAUGUAAUUUUAACCCCACCUCAACGUGUUCGAAUGGCAGCGACCUCGUAACAACGUCCUUCUCGGCACACUCCACAUUCCACGCUGUGCUUCCCUUCAUUUGGAGGGUCUGCUAGUGGAAAAUCAAUAUUUUUAAUGGCUAUUUUUGCUUUCCAUAGUCUAGUUAAAUAAAUAAUAUUUAAAGGUUUAAGAACGUGAAUGUACUUUUUCAUUCAGAUCUUAAACAAAAUAUACGUUAUUUAGUGUAUAUUUUUUCAGUUACACGGCCAGGCAUUAAACGCAAGUUUAAAUUUUUUUUUUCACUUUCACAGCUUUGCUUUUUCAGCUUUGCCUUUUGUAUGUUUAGGUAUAAUAAUAGGACACUGCCAGACGUUUGCCAGCAUAUUUAUUCAUAAAGAAACGCAUAAGAAAUGCGAACCGAUCUCAAACAAGUCAGUGUUUAUACAGGUUCCUGCAGAACUGACGUGGAUCUGUGGAAUGAGUCACAUGUCCAAUACUGGUCAAUACUUGUGAAACAGCAUGCAAGAUAACUGGCCAAAUAACCUUUGCAACAACAUUUAUUUACAACAAUUUAUUCAUCCGAGGAAUAUUUUUGACUGAACUGACCAAUCACUACUUUUAUGUUAUUUAUUUCCUUUUGUCUGAACAUCGAGGGGGCAAAGAGCGAUGAUAAUGGUGCCAUAGUUACUGAGAUGCAGAACUCUCAAAGAAUGAGAGGACAUUUGGCUGAGUUUAGAAAGAGGUUGUUUUUUUUUUUUUUGUAGCUAUAUGAAUAUUGACAUGCAAGUCUCGAUUUCGCAAUUGAAAUCACAAUUGUUUUACAUAUUAACAUGUAAUGCCUUUUAAAGCACUACAAUAAAUGUAUCAUAUGUAAACUAUUA